AUGUUUAGUUGGUGGCGAUGGAUUAUGUCGUGGCAAAUGCCUGUCGCCGUUUUUGCUCGGAUCACUGGUACGGUAUCAUGGUUAUACGGCAGUCCAAGAAACGAUAGAUCGAUAGAGAAGGAUGUGGAGAGCGCCCCAAGAGCCCCCUCCCCUACUGGAGUGGUCAGCCAUGAAAGCCACAAGGAGCAGAUUGACGCAGAGACGCACGAACCUAAAACUCCAAUAUGUAUUCUCGGAUUUGGAACUUUGGAUAAUUUAGGAAUGUCUAAGGCUGACAUAUGUAGUAAUGAGGAAGCUGAUUCUCGCAGAGAUGUUAUCUUAGGAGGGAGUACUGGUUUGAUAUAUGUCCUACCUUCUGGGUAUGUGCGAAAGGCAGCGUACCCAGAUAUCACUAGAAAUGAGAGCCUUCGAGAUAUCGAGCAAGAGUACAAAAUCUAUCAGAGGCUUCCACGCCACGACCGUCUCCUGAAAAUGGUAGGCUACUCCGUGGAAGAUGGGCUCAUUCUCGAGUAUAUGCCAAACGGCAACCUGAGAGAAUACCUACAGACAAAUGUUGCGGAUGUGACCCUCGACCAGCGACUUCAAUGGGCAUGUGAUGCCGCCGAAGCAUUGCACCUUCUACACUCUUAUAAUAUCAUUCACUGCGACCUGAAGCCUGACAAUUUCCUACUUGAUUCUACACUCCGGUUACGAAUUAUAGACUUUUCGGGCUCGUCUAUUGAUGGAUCGUAUUUUUCAGCAAUGGAAAGCGCCAGAUUCUGCCUUCCUCGUUCCUGGGAGGCACCCUCGACUAUAGCAACAGACAUAUUCGCCUUAGGUUCAACUAUCUACGAGAUUAUGACCGGCACGCAACCAUACGCGCAUCAUACUGAUGAGGAGGUAGAGGCCUUAUUCAAAGAAGGAACAUUCCCACCAGUGGACACUAUACCCUGCGGAGAACUGAUCGAGAGAUGUUGGCACAGCGAGGUCCAUUCAGCCGAGGAAGUGCGCGUAUUAAUCAAGGUUGAAAGUGGAGAAGUUGAAUAG